UAUGGUUUGGAGCGUAUCCUGGGAGAGGAGAUGAGUCUCUCCCUGUUGGCCCGAGCUAUGGAUCCGACCCAGCCCGCCAUGAUGACUGACGUGGUCAAGCUGUUGUCAGCCAUCUGCAUUGUGGGCGAGGAGAACACGUAGGUCCCGCUCCCCGGCUUCACUCUGCCCUCACCAUUACGUCCUCUAGCACUCUGUUCUCAUCCACCUGUCCACCGCUCCUCCAUCACCCAUUUUAUCUAUCUAUCUAUCUAUCUAUCUAUCUAUCUAUCUAUCUAUCUAUCUAUCUAUCUAUCUAUCUAUCUAUCUAUCUAUCUAUCUAUCUAUCUAUCUAUCUAUCUGUCUGUCUGUCUGUCUGUCUGUCUGUCUGUCUGUCUGUCUGUCUGUCUGUCUGUCUGUCUGUCUGUCUGUCUGUCUAUCUAUCCUCUCACUUUCUCUCUGUCCCUCUCACGCUCCUCUCCUCCCUCAACUCUACACAUCACUCCUCUGUUCUCCUCCAUCUCUCUUCUCUCUCUCUCACUCAUCUUCCUCGUCUUGAUGGUACACAGGGGGGGAGAACUAGCUAAAUGGGAAAACUCAUCCACAGCAUCCGAGCAGUGAGUUCAUGAUCAUUGAUCUGCCAAACUAAAGUCUGACUGCAGUAUCGUUGAACUGGGAAGAGGCUGAGGGUCUGUGGUUAUUGAUCUGCGUAACUAAAGUCUGACUGCAGUAACGUUGAACUGGGAAGAGGCUGAGGAUCUGUGGUUAUUGAUCUGCUAAACUAAAGUCUGACAGCAGUAACGUUGAACUGGGAAGAGGCUGAGGGGGUCUGUGGUUAUUGAUCUGCGUAACUAAAGUCUGACUGCAGUAACGUUGAACUGGGAAGAGGCUGAGGAUCUGUGGUUAUUGAUCUGCUAAACUAAAGUCUGACUGUAGUAACGUUGAACUGGGAAGAGGCUGAGGGGUCUGUGGUUAUUGAUCUGCUAAACUAAAGUCUGACUGCAGUAACGUUGAACUGGGAAGAGGCUGAGGGUCUGUGGUUAUUGAUCUGUUAAACUAAAGUCUGACUGUAGUAACGUUGAACUGGGAAGAGGCUGAGGGUCUGUGGUUAUUGAUCUGCUAAACUAAAGUCUGACUGUAGUAACGUUGAACUGGGAAGAGGCUGAGGAUCUGUGGUUAUUGAUCUGCUAAACUAAAGUCUGACUGUAGUAACGUUGAACUGGGAAGAGGCUGAGAGGGUCUGUGGUUAUUGAUCUGCUAAACUAAAGUCUGACUGCAGUAACGUGAACUGGGAAGAGGCUGAGAGGGUCUUGUGUUUAUUGAUCUGCUAAACUAAAGUCUGACUGUAGUACGUUGAACUGGGAAGAGGCUGAGGAUCUGUUGGUUAUUGAUCUGCUAAACUAAAGUCUGACUGCAGUAACGUUGAACUGGGAAGAGGCUGAGGGUCUGUGGUAUUGAUGAUCUGCUAAACUAAAGUCUGACUGUAGUAACGUUGAACUGGGAAGAGGGCUGAGGGUCUGUGGUUAUUGAUCUGCUAAACUAAAGGUCUGACUGCAGUAACGUUUGAACUGGGAAGAGGCUGAGGGUCUGUGGUUAUUGAUCUGCUAAACUAAAGUCUGACUGCAGUAACGUUGAACUGGGAAGAGGCUGAGAGGGUCUGUGGUUAUUGAUCUGCUAAACUAAAGUCUGACUGCAGUAAAGUUGAACUGGGAAGAGGCUGAGAGGGUCUGUGGUUAUUGAUCUGCUAAACUCAAUCUGACUGCAGUAACAGUUGAAACUGGGAAGAGCUGAGGAUCUUGGUUAUUGAUCUGCUAAACUAAGUCCCGACUGCAGUAACGUUGAACUGGAAGAGGCUAGGUGUGGUUAUUGAUCUGCUAAAUAAGUCUGACUGCAGUAAAGUUGAACUGGGAACGAGGCUGAGAGGGUCUGUGGUUAUUGAUUUGUAAACUAAAGUCUGACUGCAGUAAAGUUUUGAACUGGGAAGAGGCUGAGGAUCUGUGGUAUGAAACUGUAAACUAAAGUCUGACUGCAUAACGAAUGAAUGGAGAGGCUGGGGUCUGUUUAUUGAUUGCCAAACUAAAGUGACUGCAGUAACGUGAACUGGGAAGAGGCUGAGGGUCUGUGGUUAUUGAUCUGCUAAACUAAAGUUGACGGUAACGUGAACUGGGAAGAGGCUGAGGUUGUGGUUAUGAUCUGCUAAACUAAAAUCUGACUGCAAGUAACGUUGAACUGGGAAGAGGCUUUAGGAUCUGUGGUUAUUGAUCUGCUAAACUAAAGUCUGACUGCAGUUAACGUGAACUGGGAAGAGGCUGAGGGUCUGUGGUUAUUGAUCUGCUAAACUAAAGUCUGACUGCAGUAACGUUGAACUGGGAAGAGGCUGAGGGUCUGUGGUUAUUGAUCUGCUAAACUAAAGUCUGACUGCAGUAACGUUGAACUGGGAAGAGGCUGAGGGUCUGUGGUUAUUGAUCCUUAUCGUCCGUUGUUUAGCUGGAGUGUGACAGGCAUUAAGAUCAGGUCACUCCUCCCACACCAUUUAAGAUUCAAUACACCGUUGUCUUCAGCUCUGAGGCUGCGCCCCAAACGGCACCCUAUUCCCUACAUAGUGCACUACUUUUGACCAGAGCCCCUAUGUGAGUAGUAGUGCACUAUGUAGGGAAUAGGGUAUCAUUUGGGACACAGCCUGUGGCUGCUGCUGUUGUUUUGUUAAAAUGCUCUCCCUCUCUUCCUCUUGAAUAACACUUUUCAGGGAAAACGUAAUAACCAAUCAUCAUCAUACAAAUACUGUGGUGCUCCUCUUGUUCAUUCGUUUUCCAAGAGGAGCACCACCACCGAGGUCUAGCAGCACACAGGAGGCACGACUAAACGUUGAAUGAAUCACUGACGAAAGAAAGCACGGACAACAACAACAGAAAGAAAGACAGUUGGCAGAGAGCGAGAGACGUAGAAAGAGAGAAAAAUCCCCAAGACGAAUGCGUUGCAAUCAUUUUGGCCAUUUGUGUGGCCGGUCAUGCGUUUGUAUUUUCCCCCCAUUUAGUUUGGAGAAGGUCCUUGACGCCAUCACCACGGCAGGAGAGCACAGGGCCACAGAGAGGUUCAGUCCUAUC